AUACAUGGAGAAAAUAACACAUCUUUCUCGUCUUCGAAAUUUUACUAAUGCGUUUAUAUUGAUAUAGAGAGAAAACACACAGACACACGCAGAGAGAAAGAGAGUUUAUAAAUACGAAUUGCAGAUCUUGAGAGAGAAGCUUAAUUAGUGUUUAGCGAUGGCUCAGCCUCUCAUAAAGAAAGAUGACGACCGCGAUGAUGAAGCGGAUUACUCUCCAUUUUUGGGGAUUGAGAAGGGUGCUGUUCUGCAAGAAGCUAGGGUUUUUAAUGACCCCCAGCUUGACUCAAGAAAAUGCUCUCAGGUCAUCACAAAGAUUCUUUAUCUUCUGAAUCAAGGAGACUCCUUAUCAAAGAUUGAAGCCACAGAAGUUUUCUUUUCUGUGACAAAGCUUUUUCAGUCGAGAGAUUUAGCUUUGAGGAGAAUGGUUUAUUUGAUUAUAAAGGAAUUAUCGCCAUCAGCAGAUGAGGUUAUAAUUGUGACAAGCUCCCUUAUGAAGGACAUGAAUAGCAAGACUGACAUGUACCGUGCAAAUGCUAUUCGCGUGCUCUGUCGGAUAACAGAUGGAACCCUGCUUACCCAAAUUGAGCGAUACUUGAAACAAGCAAUUGUUGACAAGAAUCCAGUGGUUGCUAGUGCAGCCUUGGUUAGUGGGAUCCAUUUACUCCAGACAAAUCCUGAGAUAGUGAAAAGAUGGAGUAAUGAGGUUCAGGAAGCUGUGCAAUCAAGAGCUGCCCUUGUACAGUUCCAUGCACUUGCUUUGCUUCAUCAGAUACGACAGAAUGAUCGACUAGCUGUCAGCAAGUUAGUUACCAGCUUGACUAGGGGAACUGUUCGCUCGCCACUGGCCCAAUGUCUCUUAAUACGUUAUACAAGUCAGGUUAUUCGUGAGUCAGCUACUAAUACGCAAACAGGGGAUCGCCCUUUCUAUGAUUUUCUUGAGGGUUGUCUGCGCCACAAGGCAGAGAUGGUGAUAUUUGAGGCUGCCAGGGCUAUUACAGAGCUGAAUGGUGUAACAAGCCGAGAAUUGACUCCAGCCAUUACUGUUCUCCAACUCUUUUUGAGUUCUUCCAAACCUGUACUGAGAUUUGCAGCUGUUCGCACUUUGAACAAGGUGGCAAUGACUCAUCCAAUGGCUGUCACUAAUUGCAACAUUGAUAUGGAAAGUUUAAUUUCUGAUCAGAACAGAAGCAUUGCUACGCUUGCAAUCACCACACUGCUUAAGACAGGAAAUGAAUCAAGUGUGGAUCGCCUAAUGAAGCAGAUAACAAAUUUCAUGUCAGAUAUUGCUGAUGAAUUCAAAAUUGUUGUGGUGGAAGCCAUAAGGUCACUCUGUUUGAAGUUUCCGCUGAAGUACAGAUCAUUAAUGAACUUCUUAAGCAACAUCCUAAGGGAAGAAGGUGGCUUUGACUAUAAAAAGGCAAUUGUAGAUUCCAUAGUAAUCCUCAUCAGAGAUAUCCCUGAUGCAAAGGAAAGCGGGUUGCUUCAUUUGUGUGAGUUUAUUGAAGAUUGUGAAUUUACAUACCUCUCAACACAGAUUCUCCAUUUUCUGGGGAUUGAAGGGCCAAAGACCUCAGACCCCAGCAAAUAUAUACGCUACAUUUACAAUCGUGUGCAUCUUGAGAAUGCAACUGUUCGGGCCGCUGCUGUGAGUACAUUAGCAAAGUUUGGUGCCCUUGUUGAUGCGUUAAAGCCUCGCAUUUUUGUUCUUCUGAGACGCUGUCUCUUUGACAGUGAUGACGAGGUUCGUGAUAGGGCAACACUGUAUCUGAACACACUUGGUGGUGAUGGUGAAAUUGUUGAAACUGAUAAAAACGUGCAAGAUUUUCUCUUUGGUCCAUUGGAUAUUCCAUUAGUUAACCUGGAGACAAGUUUGAAAAAAUAUGAGCCAUCAGAAGAGCCUUUUGAUUUUAAUUCUGUACCAAGGGAAGUUAAGUCUCAGCCACUUGCAGAGAAGAAAGCCCCAGGGAAGAAGCCAACUGGUCUUGGUGCUCCUCCAACUGGUCCUCCAUCUACCGUUGAUGCAUAUGAAAGGCUUCUUUCCUCUAUCCCUGAGUUCUCAAACUUUGGGAAGCUUUUCAAGUCCUCAGCACCUGUGGAGCUUACAGAAGCAGAGACAGAAUAUGCUGUUAAUGUUGUUAAGCAUAUUUUCGAUGGACAUGUCGUGUUCCAAUACAAUUGCACCAAUACAGUACCGGAACAAUUACUGGAAAAUGUUACUGUUGUUGUGGAUGCUUCAGAAGCAGAGGAUUUUGCAGAGGUAGCGUCCAAGCCCUUAAGAUCUCUUCCUUAUGAUUCACCUGGACAGACUUUCGUGGCAUUUGAGAAGCUAGAGGGAGUGCCAGCAGUAGGAAAGUUUUCAAAUAUGUUGAGAUUUAUUGUAAAGGAGGUUGAUCAAACUACUGGUGAAGCAGAGGAAGAUGGCGUGGAGGAUGAAUACCAGCUUGAGGACCUUGAGGUUGUCGCGGCAGAUUAUAUGAUGAAAGUUGGCGUUUCCAAUUUCAGAAAUGCAUGGGAAAGCAUGGGGCCUGAUUGCGAGCGCGUGGAUGAAUAUGGCCUUGGCGCAAGAGAGAGCUUGGCUGAAGCUGUUAGUGCUGUCAUCAACCUGCUUGGCAUGCAGCCCUGUGAGGGCACGGAGGUUGUCCCCAGCAAUUCAAGGUCACACACCUGCGUGCUAUCUGGAGUUUUUAUUGGCAAUGUGAAGGUACUUGUACAGUUGCAAUUUGGAAUAGAUGGUCCUAAGGAGGUAGCAAUGAAAUUGGCUGUUAGAUCCGAGGAUGAAUCUGUGAGCGAUGCCAUUCAUGAGAUUGUAGCAAGCGGCUAAUUUGUCAGAGUCCAGUGUGAUAGUUGCAUUCUUCUUAUACUUCGGCCUUUUAUUUCUGUUAAAUGAAUGAGAUCAGAGGCAGAUAGCUGCAAGCAGAUAAUUAUUGUUGUAGAAAGAGGCAGAUAGGUGCCUUGGGACUGGGAGCUGGGUUUUGCUAGUGUGAAAUGAUAUUUGCAUUUAUUUCAGAGCUUCUCUCAGGCAAAUAAUACUGUGUAUCAUGAAAAUCAACGUCUAAAGGAGGAUUUCAAUUGUUUUUGUUCUUGAAUUCUUAUAUGGGAUUUUAAGUAUAGGUUCCAUCAAGCUUGUUUGAUAUACUUUUUGACUUUUUUGAGAUCCAAGUAUCGGAUAUGAAUUUUUGUAAGGCA